CCCCACGGCUACCGGCUGAGGCUGGGAUCCUACUCAGGGUCAGCAGGGGAUGCCAUGACCUCAGACAAUCCCAAGACCAUGCAUGACAACAUGAAGUUCUCCACAAAGGAUCGGGAUCAGGACACUUACAUUCCAGAGUCUGCAGUUGGAGCGGGAGAUGUGUUUGGCUUCAAACUGCACCCAGGCCAAAGUGAACCUGUCCCUGCGCCCGCAGCUGGAAGAUGGGAAGGCUGCCCUGGCCAUCAAGUAUCAGGAGCUGCAGGAGAUACGAGAGGCAUGUUGGGACAAGCAGCAGCGCCUGGAGGCGUACCUGGAGAACUGGAGCCCGCAGAGUGCCCUGGGCAAGCUCCAAGCCAAGCUCGAUGCCUCCGAGGCAGAGUCAGAGGCACAGGUAGAGCAGUUCCUGGCCCAGGACCUGCCCCUUGAUUCCUUCCUGGAGUCCUUCUGCCAGAGCCGCACACGCUCCCAUAUCUGCCGGACGCAGCUGGAGAAACUGCAGGAGCUGCUGCAGAAGGACUGGGGGGGCAGGGAUCCUGCGGGCCCCACAGGCUGCCGAGGGGCCCUCCCUAGCCCAGCACCAGCCCGCCUAGCCCCACUGAAGAAUGGAGUAGUCCCCAAAGCCUUCAACCUCUCCUAUGGCUUUGUGCCCACCUUUGUCAUCCCCUCGGAGGCCGUUGUACCCUUUGCCGUGCCAACUGCACCUCCCAGGCACCAUCUCCCAGCCCUGGGACACCAGCCAGAAUCUCCCUGCUGCAGUAUCCCCAGCCCUGGUUCACCCCUGCACCUCGUCGGACCCAUUCCCCUGCUCAGCCCUCAGCCCUCCUGCAGGCAGCAGGAGCAGAAGCAGGAGCUCCCGCACCGGUAGCGGGGCAGGGCUGGGGGAUGUCCCUGUGAUUCCUGAGGGGCUGCGGAGCCUGUGGGGCAGGCACAGGGUGGGUGCUCGCAGGAUGGAUGUGCUUGGCAGG